AUGGUGCAAAGGGUUCUUAUCCUCGUAGGACCCCCGGGUUCGGGGAAGUCGACCUUUGCAAAAGCUUUAACCAAGGUUUUCCCUGAGUACGUCCGCAUUAAUCAGGACGAUCUCGGCGACAGAAUCACUUGUGAGGAAAUGACUAUGAGUGCGCUUCAGGCCAAUAACAGAACCCAAUCUGUGAUCAUUGAUCGCUGUAAUUUUAAUCAGAGUCAGCGCAAGGUCUGGCUCGAGAUUGCAAAACAAUUAAAUGUAUCCGAAGUGAAUGUCAUUAUCAUGGAUACACAGUUUUAUCACUGUAAGCAACGUAUCCUUGCUAGAGCUGACCAUCCUACCCAAGUUGAAGGAUUUCAUGGCGUUGAUAUUCUCUACAAAUUUUUGGAGAUGAUGACUUUGCCCACUUACUUUGAGGGCUUCUCCAGGAUUUUGCGUCUCGAGCCUCAACUCACACCCGAGUACUCAGAUGAAGCUGUUAAAGAAAUCAUGGAGCGUUUGCAGGCAGUAACAAAACCCGAAAACCUGCAAGCCCCUCGUUGGCAAAAGGACGACUAUUACUUCAAGACUCAGUACCACCGUGACGAGGAGGCUUAUCGUGCUCGUAAGACAGCCCAACACCAGCAACGGAGAGGACCACGCGAUAAUAAUCAUCACCAAAACAGAGCUUUGGAAAUGGACAGCGAAGGGUUUGCCAUCAUGAAGCGUUCGAAUCAAAAGGAAGGUUCAUCACCUCCGGCUCCUGUACGCCCUCCACUCUUUGGUGGCGCUUCAGGCGGAUGGAGGGCGCGUGAAGCGGCUAAACUGCAACAGCAGCAGGAGCCAGCGAGGUUUGGCCCAACAAUCCAAGAGAUUUCCAAACCUGCCAUCGCCAACCCCUUUGAUCUUUUGGGUGAAAAUAAUAGCGAUGAUGAUAAUAAGUAG